GUUGCAUCUGCCACGCAACGGCCAUCCUAUCACAUCACCGUGCAGCGAGCGGUAGGAAGCUCUGUGCAGCAACUUGUACGGGCAAACGCGACUGUGGAAUUAAGCGAUACGAGCGGAUGCAUUUGAAUUCGUCAUAAACCAGUUGUUCUUCUUUAUCCCUUGCUGAACCAAUCAAUCAAUCUCCCUCCGUCAUUCAUUCAAUAAGCAGGCAACAUGUCUGAGGAACGCAGCAAGAUAACCCUGUCCCUUCGAAGCGGAAAGCGACGAAAGGCUCGUCCCGUCAUCAGUGCGCCGCGACAGAUUUCUGCGCCAAUCCCUCAAGAUGGCUCGACGGGAGGAACAGCUGCUACUGCUCCUGGGAUGCUUUCCAUACCUGAGGCGCCUCGCCCCCGACCUGUAGGAGCAGGUGGAAAGACAUCCGAUUUAGUCAAGCGACGCUUUUCUUCUCGAUUUAACAACUUGCCUCCCGAAUUCGACGCGGCCGCCCCGCCAGUUCCAAGUCUACCUCCUCUCGAGCGGUACAACACCGACUAUCAGCCCCCUCCUCCGUCCCGAGCCGGGCCAGGAGCUGCUCCCGUUGUCGACCUCAAGGCACUGCGGGAUCCGAAUCUUAUCCCCGACCAGUAUGUAGCUUCGGUGCUGAGCGAGGCGAGUGAGGACCAGAUCCAGGAAUAUGCAGAGUCGCUACAAGGCAUAAAGACGCGCGCCGGUGCAGACUUGCAGCAGAAUCUAUUGCAGAAUCGGACGCAAUUCAUUAAAAUCAGCAAAGAGGCGGAGAAACUCAAGGGGGAGAUGAGAGCUCUCCGCAAUCUGAUGUCCGAACUCAAGGCAAACACGACGGCUCUUAGGCAAGCCUCGGGAAGAAACGAGGUGGACUCAUCUAUCGGAGGAGCUGUCACCAUGAGUAAACGUGACAAGCGCAGCUCCGUCGCAGAUCGAAGCGUUCUCUGGACCUCGCAGAUGCAAUCUCUUUACAAGACUGUGGAAGGGUCGCAAAAGUUUCUACCAAACGCGAUUGGGCGCCAUGUGGUUCUCAAUGCUGGGCCUUGGAUCGAAUUGGACAAUGCAACGUAUAAGAGCAGAAGGGCCAUGCAAAUAUUUCUGCUAAACGACCAUCUCCUUAUCGCCUCUCGAAAGAAACGCAAGGUCGACGCUCCCAACGCAGAUACCCGUGGACCCAUGGUAAAGCUCGUCGCGGACCGUUGUUGGCCCCUGCUCGACAUCGAGGUCAUCGAAAUGCCUGGGACAGGCGAUUCCAUUGGCGGCCGUACCAAGUUGGCCGAUGCCAUCAUGGUUCGGGGUGGUGGCCAAGAGACGUUCAUCUACCGCACGGAAAAGCCAGAAGCCAGUGAGAAGAAAGCAUUGAUGAUGAAUGUGCGCAAGGCAGUGGAAGAGCUACGCAAAGGUUUGCAGUCUGAAAUGGAGGCCAAUAACAAGGCAAGAGAGACGAUCAACUACUUUGCAUCAAGAGACCCUGGCCUGCUCCAAAAGACAGAGCUGCUAGAGACCUUAUCUGAUAUCAAAGACAUGCUUAUCGAGGUGGAUGGCAAGCAGCAGAAUCUCCGAUGGGUGGAAGGCCAAAUGGACGAGCUGGAUAUUGACAUUGCUCUUCAGGGGUUCGAGCCCGCAGUAGCUCGCGUGGAAAAGCUCAAGGGAUUAGCACGGGGUCUCAAGGGCAAUACAGUAGCCCAAGACUUUAUCAACUUUGAGGUUGAAGAGAGAUGCGCCAAGCUUGCGACGAUUAUUAUUCACGGAAUGGAGACGACGCAUCACCAGGCAAACAAGACGAAGCGAAACCUUAGCUGGUUGGCGAGACUGGGCUAUGAAGACAGGGCCAGAGAGGCGUAUCUUGCAGCUCGAGCUGACACGAUUCAUAAGAGAGCCAGACAAUGUCUCUUUCAAGGUGACUUGCACCUGUACAUCUGGCAGCUAUCCUUUGUAUAUUUCACCCUCAUCCACAACACGGUCCAAUGCUUUCAGAGCUGUUUCCCGCCACCCAUGAUGAGCACGUGCGUCAAGUGGGCAAAGGAGCAGGUUGAAGCAUUUAACGUGAUUCUUGCCAGGCAGCUGGCGAGCACGGAGCGCGGCGGACAAGUCUGGACGCAGUGCAUGGACCAGGCAAAGGAGCACGCGAAGAAGCUGUCUGAUGUAGGCCUUGAUUUCACAAGCUUGGUGGGCAAAGGCGUGGAUGGGCCAUCAAGCGGUAUGGGAGCCGAGACUUCGGACCUUGUUGGGUUGGGACUGGCUUAAAGGAUGAAUGAGUUGACGGGUAUCUGAUCUUGGGUCAAGUUGAAAUGCUAAUGGCAUGUGAUCCUAGAAGAGGAAGGCUAUGACGCAGCAAGAGAAGGCAGCAUGAUUAUAUGUCUAUACAGAAAGGCUCCAGGCAUGAGCAUGGAGUCUACAGAGCCGGGCAUCGGAGCUGAGCUCCCCCUAUCAUGCAGGUAGAUGAUGUUAUGAGUCAGCAGCGUCGGGGUUGCUGCGUAAAGCAAAUAGUUACUAGUUUCUACUACUUUAAUAUUCAAAAUAUACAUAAUUCGGUCAACGGGA